GUGAAGCCCCUGUCAUCUCCAUCAGAAUCUCUUCCUCUGAAGCUGACAUCAGUGUGUGGAGCCUGCCCCACACCCAUCACCUGCCAAACCACGGCCUUUACCUGCGUCUUCCGGUGUUUCCCGUGCGACCCAUCCUGUGGGAGUGCCUCCUGGGCCACCCCGGAGUUCACGCAGCGCUCAGUGGCUCCAAUGGUGAAGAUGACAAGGUCCAAGACUUUCCAGGCAUAUCUGCCUUCAUGCCACAGGACCUACAGCUGCAUUCACUGCAGGGCUCACCUUGCCAACCACGAUGAACUCAUUUCCAAGUCCUUUCAAGGAAGCCAAGGACGAGCAUACCUCUUCAAUUCAGUAGUUAAUGUGGGUUGUGGCCCCGCAGAAGAGCGGGUGUUAUUAACAGGAUUACAUGCGGUUGCAGACAUUUACUGUGAAAACUGCAAAACCACACUGGGUUGGAAAUAUGAACAUGCUUUUGAAAGCAGCCAGAAGUAUAAAGAAGGCAAAUACAUCAUUGAACUAGCUCACAUGAUCAAGGAUAAUGGCUGGGAUUGAAUGGGAAGAGCCCAGCCCUUCCAGCGUGUAAGAGAAUGCCAUCCAACCGAACAUUAUAUCCAAGAGUGAGAGAGUGACUGAACGCUUGGUUCCAUGCAUUUAGAGGCUCUGCAGUUUGGGAGCGUCUUCACACCCUUCUCCAUCUUUAUUGGUGACUGGCCUCUAAAUUUCUGUCUCUCUGUCUCUUUGCUUUGUAUCUGUUUGUGAGUUGACCCUGGCUGCUUCUCUCUCUGUUCUGGCAUUGGCUAAGAGAAUGCACCGGAUGCCCGACAGCCAUUCCAUGUUGACGAAUGUUUAAGUGCAAACUGAAGUUGGCUCUGUGGUGGCAUUUUAUCAGAAGGUCUCAGUGCGGGAGGAAGACCUGAGUUUUGGGCAGGAGAAGGUGAAAGGGGGUGGAGAGUGGGCCAAAAGGGAAGCCGUCAGAAGUGAAACUGUACUUCUCCUUUAAGUCCUGGUUAACCAAGGCUUGAAACUAUCUACUUGUCUAAAUGGACAGAAAUAUACCUCACGGCUGCGUUCUCUCCAAAUCUUAAAGCUGUGGCUCCAAAAGUGGGGCUUCAGUCCGAGCUGGCUGAGCACAGGUCAUAAUCAGUGCCCUCCUGCUAGCUAAUUGUGAAUCUGUGUUUUGUUUGCCAUUUAUGAACUUGUUUGUGGGAGGAAGGGGAGACCUGAUGGCUGGAGAGAUUCCCUGCUGCUCCUUUUUCUCUCUUUUUCAGAGCAGGUUGGCUAAAUCCUACAACAGAGCACAGCUGUGGGAGCAUCCACAGCUGGAGAAACCAAAUCUUGACUCUUGAGCCCUUUAGAGAGGAGGAGAAAAACACUUUAGGCAGAAGGGGGCUGAAACUGCAACUUAGAAGAUAGAACAGAAAGCAAAGCCAUGUGCUAGGCAAGAAAGGGGAAAUCAUUUGGGGGAGGUUGGAGACAGACUUAGUGGCAUAAGAUACUCCUUGAUCUCCCAGCCUUUAGUGAGCAUACUAGGGAGUCUUUUACCAAUCCUGUGCAAGUAGAUAAAUGCUGUUACAGUAUCUUUUUCUUAAAUCUCAGGCCCCAGCCAUCAGCUCCACCCUUGGAGCCUGUCAAAGAAAUGAUGCGACAGUGGGGAGAGGAGGGAGCAGAGGACCCUGCCAGUUGUAGCAGUAUUGCGUAGGUGGAUAUUUCAAGCCAUGAGGUAUUCCCCCACAAAAAAGCUUCUCCCCCUAAAAAUUAAACAUCUCCCCCUACCCCUGAAAUUGUUUAUGCCUUGGAGUUAAAGGGGAGGGGCAGGUUUGGGUGUUGCAACUGUAAGGGAUAAGUCCUUCCCAUUUUAAGUUUUUCGUAUUAGUUAGUAUGGACGUUGCCAAGGUGGUUUGUGGGGAAGGGGCAUCGUGUGCGAGAAGGGAGCUGUGUUACACGUAAAUGACAAUGUGAAGUUUGCUCUGCAACAGUCCAGCCAGUAUCUGGUGCAUGACUCAAGACUAUUUAACUGAAUUUGUUUUUAUCUCUCUGAGUGAAUUUUCUUUUUGUUUGUGGAAUUCUUUCAAGUAGGUUAAUCCACUGGGGGAAAUCUUUGUUAAUCCAGAAGGAAAGAGUAUUGUGCAGGGGUUUUCUAACUCCUUAUGAAACCGAAGCUUUGGAGUUGUAGCCUGUUGUUGCUGGCCCCCACAGCCAGGAUAUUCAGAGUUAGCUACAGAGAUUGGAGUGGGGAGAGAGCAACAAAAUAUUCCACUAUUAUAUGGAGGAGAUAGGAGCAGAGAGGCUACUUACAGAUUGGGGCCAACUUUCCAAGCUGGGGCCUUGUGCUGAAACCCAAACCCGAUGGCCUGUCUAUCUGAGUAAUGGCUAUUUUUUCCCUUAAAUCACUAUUCUUGUGACAGCAUGUUGUUACAGCCUUGGAAAGGGAAGUGAGCUGUAGGCUGGCUGUGGCUUCUGUAAUGGGUGGGAUUAACUCACUUAUGUGGCAAGCCUGUUAGGAGGUAGCUUCUGCCUUUACCCUUUCCGUUGUGGCUGCGUAACAGAGACGCUUCAGCUUUCAUUUCUGAUUGUCCACAGUCACUUUUUCCAUUGUCCACAUUCCCUCAUCUGGUAGAAAUCUGGUAAAAAUCAAAAACUCUGCAGUACCCAUUAGCUUGUUGACUUUGGCACUGGCCUGAACCCAUUUUUCUGUCCCUUGGUUUUUGAACCAUGACAAUUUAUUGCGUUGUGGGUAGUGGGAAGUCAUUUGCAUUCUUUGAAGAGCUCUUCAAAAUCCCCAAAUAUGCAGCCUUUAAAGGCAUCUGAUAGGACCUGGGAGAAUUAAGGGAUAACCCAAAAUCAUUAACAUGAGGUUGACAAACAGAACACAUCUGGGCUCAUGAUUUUAUGUUGGUAGUGUUACGUUGGCCCUGGUUGCCUAUAAAGAGCAGUCCUGCCUAGAGGACUGCUCUAAGAAAUAAAAAGAAGUUACAGAGUGCUGUCAGAUACAGAUGUUUUUAUAUUUGAGACCUGAAAUGAUGAUGAUCCUUCAGAUUGGGCUGUUUUUUAACUGUUCACAGGGGCAACAUUUUAAUGGCAACCAGUGCAAGUUUAAAUAUAACAGCAUUUUAAUCUGAUAUUAAUUGGCUUUGUCCCUUCAACAUCUACAGAUUUACGCUUGCUGAGAAUCUGACCUCAAGUCCUGAUAUAAAAAAACUGUAUGCCUGUGAAUGUCCAUGCACACAGAGAGUUAUUUAUAGACAGGCUUAAAUACAUUAUAGAGGGAGAUGAAAAAAAAAUGGCCUGUGAGGCUCAUUUGACAUUUGUUCUCUGUUGUGUGUCCAUUAAACUUAAAAGUACUUCUUAGUCCGCUGCUAACUCAUCUGUGACUUGCUGUAUUAAGACACAUGACCGUAUUGGGAGCUGGUGACAGACAGGAUGAUUAGAUCAGUAUGCUAGUGGAUAUCACAAUCAGCGCAGUCUAAAUUGAUGGCUUGUCGGGUAAUAAAUUCAGAACAUAACCAAAGAUCUGAGCUAUCUGCAUCCCUCUGGUCAUGUCGCUUAGCUGUAGCCAGGUAGUUACCUUGUGGGGUGAGCAAGGUGGGACCUCUGUUUCCGAGCUAGAGAUGUGGCCCACAGAAACUACCUCCUCCAGCAGGUAAUGCCUGAGCAUAGAGCAUCGGGCACUGGGGGUGCUGCUUUCCAGGGCAAGUUUCCAGCAAGAACAGCAGCAAGUUUUGCUCUUUUCUUUUUCUUUUUUUCUCAUACAUAUACAUAUAUAUAUAUAUAUAAUGUGGUGGCCUGGUCUUUGGCAAACUGCAGCCAUGGCUGUUGGGAAAGGCAAAGUGUAUACACACCCUUGAGUUUACACCACCUUAGUUUACCCCAAAGCUCAGUCUACCCCAAAACUUCGAUAAGUUUUUUUUAAUUUUUUUUUUGCUCUGGUGGAUUAUCUGAUGUGAAAUCCUGAUCCCUGUAAUAAAUAUUGAGAUAAUAAUAUAUACAAAGCAGAAAAAAAGCAUUAUCUUGUGAAAUAUACUUUUGUAAAUAAUAUUUAAUUUUUUUAAAAAAUAAUAUAUUUGGUGCUGUUUUCUCAGAGCCCCUCCCUGAGAGCACUUUUUGUUGUUUAUAAGUGAUACUGUUUCCUUCUGUAUUUGUUGGAAAAUAUGUUUAAAGGGAAACAAAAAUCAUAAUAUAUGUUGUCCUCUAAAAUUAAUCCAUUUUCCUCUGGACGUGGCAGGAGAGGGGAGUCGCUCCUGGUUCCACUCAGCAGGAUUUGGCUCCUGCACAGGCCAUUGCCAGGUUACGGAGAGCAGCCUGUGGUCCAGGGAGAUAUUGGCGUGUGCGGGUGGGACGGAGGCGUAGCCCCAGGCACCUGGGAGCGCUCAGCUGUCUGGAGCUGCCCACGUGCCGAAACAGCUUCUUCAGUCAGUGCCUGAGGUCCCAGUCCGGCAGUCUGAUCCCUGCAGGAGAGCUCUCAUCCCCACGGGGAGCCCCACAACGCUCGGGGGGCUCUGUGUGGGCACGGCUUUUCUGACGAGAUCUGGUUUGUAGGAUCUGGGCCUGAAAUUGUCUCUUGCACCAGUACUGGCUGGAGUGAAGUAGAUCGCAAGACUUAGAAUAUGCAAGUGAACAUAAGCUUGCAACCUCUGAAUCUCUGUUUCCAGUUGCUUGAGGGCAGCAGGAAUGGAGGAUGGCGAUUUCUAACUAGUCAUCCUUUUUAAACUUAAAAAUGUCUUUGGACGUGGAUCCUGGUUUUCUUCUUGUUUUGUUUUGAAACCAGGCUGUUAUGUAACAAAUUAAAAGUUUACCUCUCUGGCAGUAAAGUUAUUUUUUUGUUUUCCUUUCCGUCUUUAACCUCCCACCUUCUCCCUGCUCUUCGUUUUUAAUUCAUUGGGUCUCUUAUUUAUCCCAAAAUGGACCAACAGCACAAACCGUUGGACUGUUUUGCUGAGCAAGGAGCUGUUUUCAGUGCUGAAUAACUGCUGCACGCUCUUUAAUUUUCUGUUUGGGUGCAAACAAUUUGAAAAUAUGUAUAAAAAAACACCCUACAGAUGAAAUUUGUUGUUCUUGUGAUAAUCAAAUAAGAAUUUUCUCUGUAUGCAUUUUUCUAACUGGUAUGUGAGAGUGUAUUAAUCAUGCAUUUCACUGCACUUCCUCCUUUUGGAAGGAGCAUCAUGUUUCGGUGUGAACCAGUUCUUGGAUGAAUAGAUGAGACACAAACACCCGGUUGGGUAAACAGAUUUGCAAGAACCAGAGCUCAACUCAGUGGGAAAGAGCUCUUCUCACCAAGUGAGAGGUCUCUGAAAUUAAAUGUUCAGAAACAAUAAUGUUAGAUUUUGAAGAAUCCUGUUUAAAAAGAAUAAACAGAAGAGGGGAAACAAAAUCACAUUGAAUUAAAAAAUCAACGUAUUUAAUGCAAGCAGAAUGGCAUUGUGUAAGGUACAAUUACAAAUAAGCUAUUCUCAUAGUUAUGAACUGUAUGUAUCCUUUGUUUUGUUUUUCGUAAGGAUAUGGGAAUGCUUUCCCCACUGACAAAACUAAAGGACAAUAUUUCCAAUACCAGCCUGUCUGUUGAUGCUCUUGUGUUUACAAAUUGUGUGUAUACUUUUAUUUCUUUGAUCUUGUUUUAAUUUUAUUUUUUGGCAUAUUCUUUCAGGUCAUUUGCUUCAGUAAUAAAUGCAAUUGUUUGUUUUCAGAUAAUUGUUUUUCACCUUUUCAUGUAUUUGUACAUUGUAUAUAGUUCUUCAGUAUUAGAGGGAGGCAUAUUGUUUGUCAUAUUUACAAUAUGUGUU